AUGGCAAAAAGAAGAGACGGAGAAGAAAAUUUAUCACAUUGCUCUGAGUCUUCCUCUAUAAUCGUAUCCGGUGACUCAAGCCUUCAAGAUCAUCAAGAAGCAUCCGAAAUUUUUAACUUUGCCGGCUUUAAGGAUACAAAGAUUGAUAACAAUCCUAUUAUCGAUCUUAUACUUCAGCAUAACCUAAAUUGUGUUGCACAUAACGAUCCAAUACGAUCUGGUCAUCUUUUUGCAACCUUUCCACACCCAUUAUUAUAUAACAAAAAUCCCGAUAAGUUUGAUGCAAUCAUAAACCGGAAUGAUCGUCAGUUUGGAAAACUAGCCCAUCCAUUAUCAAGGAAGAUGGCAGAAUGGUUUUUCGAGAUUUAUAAACGAUCAAAUUUUACUUCUCACCAUUUCGAAAGGCCAGAGUUUCUCACAUCUAAGGAGGGGCAUUUGGCGGUGCAAAUUGCGUCUACCAUACAAUUAUCCGUGAAUCAUUAUCAAAAAACGGGUAUGAAUUCUCAAUCAGUAAAUUCUGAAGCUACCUGGGUAAAUUUCGUGGAAACCCUGCUAAAAGGUAUUAUUAAUCGCAUUAAAAAUCUGGUAUAUGAAAACACUUUAAGUACAACCGUGGAUUAUCUUGACUAUCAAAAGGAGAAUGGAGAAAUCUGCAAAAUUAAGCCAGGUGGGACUAUAUAUUUUGUUAUCCCCGAAAUGCAUUUUCCAAUUGGAUUCCUUGAAGGUCAGAAGCCGUACCUGCCAAACGCAACAAAAAAAUCACAGACCGAUGCAGAAAAGCUACAAAGGGAGAUUAAAUUGGCGCACGAUUCUCUUUUGAGAGACAUACAAAGCAAAUAUUCAGCUCGGAUUUCGAAAGAAGUCGCUAAAAAAAUAUUUGAAAUUCCAUUCAUCACAUCUCAAAUAACUGGUGAAUAUUUUGAAAGUCUACAUUUAUUAUUGAACAAUUUAUCAACUGAAUGUUUCUUUGUAGGUUCUGAAGCAAUAAUCUCAGUCUCAGAUCGAACGCUUCAUCCAAUAUUGACAACGUGGGAAUUAUGCCGGUUCCGUAUUGAUUUUCACAAGUUAGAAAGGAUAAACGAUAUUCAGAAAAUUUUUUCGGGAAUAUUCGUAUUGCAGGAAUUGUUUGAAAAAAUAGAUACGAGUUGGAAUGAACUUUUUAUAUUUUUGGCUGAUGCUCCUCAGCUACUACCAAAAAAACGCUACAAUUUGUCAACAGGAAUCAUCCCAUUUUAUCAUUAUGCUCUGGGAGAAUAUGACUCUCUUGA